AUGAAUUCAAUAUUGAAAAUUUUUUUUCGACAAACAGAAAAUCUUCUUUGUCUAACAAAAACAAGUAUACUUAUAUAUCAAUUACAAAAAAAUCUUACAAAUGAUAAUAUUAAUUUAUUUGAUAUUGAAAAAAAAGAUCAAUAUCAAUGUACAUUUUCAUAUGAUUUAUGUAAUGAACUUCGAUUAAUACAAAAAAAUUUACAAUCAACUUGUUUUUUACUUCAACGAACACUCUAUCGUGUUCAUGCAUUAAGACAAACACGUGGAGAAUUAUCUAUUCAAAUUAAUGAUAAUCUUAUUCUUAAAUAUAAAGAAAAUCUUUCAUAUGAAUUAGAUAAUAUUCAAGAAAAAAUUCUCUUAAUUAUAAAUGAAUAUAUGUUAAGUAAUUCACCUUUAAAUACUCUUCAAAUAUUAUAUAAACAAAUUCAAGAAAAUUUUGAAAUAUUUCUUAAUUAUAUACAUUGCAUGCCAAUACAUAAAAGUACAAUUUAUCUUGGAAAUUUAGUUUCAAAUACACUUGAAAGAUUUUAUUUAAUACUUGGUAGUCUCGCUCGACUUAUUAUGGAUAUCGAAGAAUUUGAAAUUAAAUAA